AUGGGAAUCCUCAUCAAGAACCACUGGGCAAGAUUGAUUGUCCUCACGGCUGCCUUAUACCAAGUUGCAGCCGCAAUCGAAGGCUUCUUCUGGCCAAAGUUUUUCUGGGACUUUCUCACCAAAAAUCUCGACGGAUUCGUUAAGCCUAUACCCAUACUACAAAUCAUCAAUCUGGUGUUGGGUCUCGUCACAUUGGCAUGGGAAUGGCCUUUGAAGAGACUCUCACGUCUCUCACUUCACAAGUCGAUAGAAUGGAGGAUCAUGAUGUAUCCGCUCAACGUCAUGACGGCCGUGCUACUCUACCAAGGCACAAAUGCGGCCCUAUACUACCUGAUUGGAAUCGUCGUCUACUUUUGGGCCUACACUGAAGGCGAGAUCGUGUGUCCCAGACCAUGGAGCCUGCCCAAGAGGCGGCGACCCAGGACAGCCGCAUGA